AAGGAGAGUUUCGAAAAGUGAAUCAGUGCCGCUGGAGGAUGCCCUUGAUUCAUAUCGUGAUGUAAAGAUUACCAUUAAUGAUUUUAAGAAACAUAAAAAGACGUUAUACCAGCAAGACUCGACCGGAACUUUUCUACCGUUAACUAGGCAACGAAGGCCUGGUACUUAUGUCGAUAGUCUCCGUAAAGCAGAAACCCCGCCUCCUUUGGACGAGGAAUAUUUACGAAGUUCCUUAAAAUAUUCCGAGGAACGAAUCAACGGAAGAAAACUAUUGUAUAUGCAGACGGGACCGAUGACCGCCGAAGAUGCAAAAUGGCUGAACUGGCUUGAGAGCAAGUUUAAGGAAAUCGCAGGAGCGGAUGGUAAAAUUGGCCAAGAAGAAUUUCAAAAGGCUCUUGGACUCAGAAAGUCGUUUUUCACGGAACGUUUUUUCGAGCUCUUCGAUGUGGACGGAAGUGGUGACAUCAAACAGGAAGGACUUAUUCUCGGAUUACGCAUGCUUCUGAAAGGAACUCAUGCACAGAAGCUUCAGUUCCUUUUUGAUGUCUACGAUGCCGAUGGAAGCGGAAGCAUAGACCGGGACGAAUUACUGAACGCCCUAAAGGCGUGCAUGGAAGAAAGCUCGCUAUCACUCUCAGCUGAAAACUUAGAAGAUCUUACGGACGCACUAUUUGACGCCGCGGACGAAGAUAAGUCCGGUACGAUCACGUUCGAGGAGCUCCGAAACGAGAUUGAGAAACAUCCGGGCGUUAUAGAGAACCUUACAUUCAGUGUCGCACAAUGGCUACGACCACCUGACAAGAAGAACGAUGGUAAAAGUCGCCAUCGGUACUUCACAAUUGACUACUGCAAGAACAACCUCCGUAAAGUGAUCUACUUUUUGGUGUAUUGGAUUCUCAACGCGGUCCUCUUCGCCGUGGCGAUGUACCAGUAUCGGGAAUAUACCGUCUGGCUUAUGUUUGCGAGAGGUGGUGGCUUAUGCCUGAACUUCAAUUGUGCCUGGGUACUCGUACUGAUGCUGCGCAAGUGUAUCACCUUUCUGCGCAUGACAAAACUAUGUCACGUGCUUCCGUUCGACCAGCAUAUUUUGUUUCAUAGGAUGACGGGCUUCGCAAUAGCGUUCUUUGCAGUGGAACACACGUUUGCACAUAUUGGCAAUGCUGUGGCCAUCACGGUUGAUAACGCUGCUAAUGAAACCCAAGCUUGGGAGGUGCUGUUCACCACAGUUCUCGGCCAUGGGUUGGUCGAGGGCUCUGCCUAUAUUACUGGAUGGAUCCUGAUGAUCAUCUUGAUAGUCAUCGUCAUAUGUUCUCUUCCGUUCGUAAGACGCAGCGGUCAUUUUGAGGUAUUUUACUGGACGCACAUGCUGUACGUCCCCUUCUGGAUCUUACUAAUUAUACACUGCGAUAUAUUCUGGAUGUUCAUUGUUGGACCCGGGGUAAUCUUUCUUUUGGAGAAAGUUUCAAGAUCAAAACUGAUAAAAAUGGUGCGUUAUGGAGAUACAUACAUCGAAGGUGUGAACUUACUGCCCUCCGGGGUCACUCAUCUUGUUAUCUCACGACCAACCAACUUCCGGUAUCGACCAGGUGACUAUGUCUUCAUACAAAUACCGGAAAUAGCAAAGUUCGAGUGGCACCCUUUCACCAUCAGCUCGGCACCUGAAAUGGAAGGUCACAUAUGGUUGCACGUUCGAUCAGCAGGACAUUGGACACGGAAGCUGUAUGAAUACUUCGACAAGUACGACGUAAAUACCGCACAAAACGCAGAUCAAAACACCGUCAAACGCAGGCGAGGAACAUCGAACAAGUUUGUAAAAAUUGAACAGGCAUAUUCUCGCCAAAAUGAGGUGAGAAAAUCGAGAGUGUCCCGAAAGUCAAGCAACACACCGUCCAAAGAAACGCAUAAAGACGUCAAUAUCAAGUGUUUUAUUGACGGCCCGUACGGUACGGGAACAAGAGAAGUAUUUGACACAGAACACGCCGUGUUGAUUGGUGCAGGUAUUGGUGUCACACCUAUGGCCUCGAUUCUGCAAAGUGUCUGGUACAGAUUCAGCGAAAAAAGACAGACGUGUCCGAACUGCGACCACGUGUGGUACCCGAUAGACGAGGAGGAGAUGGACAUGAACUUGAAAAAGUUGGACUUUGUAUGGAUAAACAGAGAUCAGAAAAGCUUCGAGUGGUUCCUCACACUGCUGAACAAGCUAGAGAUGGAGCAGAGCGAUCAUUGCGGGCCCCUGGAAAAGUGCAUCCAGAUGCACAUGUACAUGACCGCAGCACAGAAGAAAACCGACAUGAAAGGCAUCGGAUUACAGAUUGCGUUGGAUCUAAUGUACGAGAAAAACAAGAGAGAUCUGAUCACGGGUCUUCGAACGAAAACAGAGCCAGGUCGGCCUAACUGGAAUAAAAUAUUCAAAGCCAUCAAGAACGAAAACAAAGGUAAGGUCAAAGUUUUCUUCUGUGGAGCGCCAGCACUUGGGAAAACAGUCAAAGAAGCCGCCGCGAAAUUUGGUUUUGCAUUCUCUAAGGAAAAUUUCUAAAACUUGAUAAUCAAAUUACUUCAUGUGUUCAUGUUUAAUCAAAUUUUGCGCUCAAACACUGUGUGAUUUUUAGACUGCAAGUUUUAUUUUCAACUGCAUGACGUUUAUAUCAUUAAAUACGUGACAAUCACUUUGAAAUGUGAACAACACCAACAUACCCUAUUGUUAACCGGCGAACACUAAAUUAAGAAAACUUGCAACAAAGUCUGAUGUAUCUGCAUAAGAAGUUCGUAAUGCAGAUCGUCGUAUGCACUUGAUUCGAAGUCGAUGUGUUUAUUGACCUGGGUACAACAAGGUGAAUUUGAAUGCGAAGGGCCAUACUAGCCGUUUG